AUGACGGCAUUGUAUCCCUUAGCUUCUUAGUUUCAAGAGCAAUCAGGGCUAGCUAUCUCUUACCAUGACAGCAAACAUCGAGAGUAAAUUCAGCAAACCAAAAUUGCAUGAGCCAUCUCGGAGAGCUUCCAGAUCGAUCUGUAUAGUCACGUCAGAUGCCUACCUAGCUACCUUAGGCAGGUAUGUGGGUGAGUAAGUGGAGAUGAGCGACAUAUUAUACGUAAUUGGAACUUCAAAUCACUAUAAGUGGAUGAUCUCGACGACACUUCCCGAAAUUCACCAUUCAAGAUCAACAUAUUUUUACGUUUGCGCGUAAUUCUAGUGGCUUGGCUGGAACGGGGGUGCUCCACGUACCUACCGGGCCUCUCCUUUGAUGAGAUUGAUUAGAUUGAUAAGAUUAUCAUUAUCUAGUCAAUCGGCUCACAUGUCACUUAUCCUUUAUAUGAAAGUGGAAGCUUUCGACCGAAUACCAAGACCGAAUACCAAGACAUCUUUUUUAGUUUACAGCUCCGGCUGCGGACCUCUUCACUCACGAAGGGCCUGGAUAAUCAUGGUUGGGAUUUAGUUAAUAUAAAAACUGACCUAGCUUCCAGGCCCCAGCCAUGCUUCUGUUUUUAUUAAUCGUCUUCCUUUUGGUGUUCGGGACUGAGAAUAGAGCGCGGGUGAUCAAUUCAUACAAUGGCAGAUUCGCAACCAACACUAAACAGCCUUGCGGCAAAGAUUACGGAACUCUCGGAGACGUUUACGCGCUACUUAAAGGACAAUAAUAUCCAACAGCCGACCUUUGCGGCGGAUAGUCCAACUAGCUACAGUAGCUUGUCGCCUGAAAUAUUCGUAACUCGUCAACUGUUAGCGGAUGCUCUAUCAGAUCUAUGGUAUCUAUCACAGGGUCCGAGUGAGAGUAUUUACAAUUAUGUCCAUAGCUGCAUACCCGAUGCUGCAGCACUCAAUAUCUUGAACCAUUUCGACUUCUGGUCUGCCGUCCCCCUCGACGGUACCGCCUCGUACCCCGAAAUUGCCAGGCGCGUUUCUCUUCCUGAGGAUGUCGUUCGGCGAGUUCUACAGCAUGCUGUGACUCUCCGUAUCUUCGAAGAAACAGAUCCUGGUAAAACCUCGUCGAACAUUCGUCAUACUUCUCGGUCAGCAGCAUUAGCACGGAAUGCUGGACUAAAGGCACUUGUCUCCUCAGUCCUAGACGUCGCAAGUGCACCGAUGAUGGUCAUGCCUGAAGCAUUGAGAAAAUAUAGCCGUGGGAAGCCGGCUUUAACCCAGGGCAUGGACGAGACAUCAUUUGCCUUACUAUAUAGCGGAGGGAAACUCGGAAAGCACAAAACUUCUUGGGAUCUGCUUGAGAACGACGGCGAAGGAGAGAACAAGGGCUGGCGGCAGAGAGAUUUUGUCUCAUUCAUGGCCUAUAUAAAAGAGAUCUUCCAUCUCGAAGGAGUCUUGCUCGACGCUUAUGAUUGGAAAGCCGUAGGAAAGGCAUCAGUGGUUGAUGUCGGGGGCUCUGCUGGGCAUGAUGCUUUCGCGCUGGCGCAAAAAUUCCCUGAGCUCACCAUUACAGUGCAGGACUUGCCGCAAGUGCAGCCGGUAUUCGAGGCCAAUGUCCUUAAAGACUUGAAAGACCGUGUAUCGUUCGUAGCACAUGACUUCUUCCAGCCGCAACCUGUCCAGGCAGACAUCUAUAUAAUCAAGCUGAUCCUCCACGACUGGCCGGAUCACGAGGCAGUCAAGAUGUUACGAGCUAUGAUCCCUGCCUUAAAGCCGGGCGCUCGUUUGGUCCUCAUCGAGUAUAUUGGUAACCAGGGCGAGACCGAAGGACCAGCCUUGGCACGCUCGAUCCAAAAUAUGGGCACGGCUUCCGAUCUAAGAAUAAUGGCGCUUUUCAAUGCAAGGGAGCGUCCUGUUGACGCAUGGGCUAAGAUUUUCCGCGAUGCUGAUGAGCGAUUUGAGCUGGCUCACGUCAACGCUAAUCCUUUGACCUUUAUUUCUGUGGUCGAGUUCGUGUGGCGUGGAUAGACUGGUUUAAUUAUCCACGAUUGAUGGCUUGCGAUUAGCUAUGUCUAUAAUCCCAUCAGUACAUAAAUAGCAUGUAUAUUAUAGGCAUAUAUUGAUGAGUCUUUCUGAAUUACUUAGGGUAUGGGUUUAAAACAUGGUCAUAAUAGUGAUUUAUACCUCUAGUAUAGUAGAAUUGUUCGCGUAUCACAACCUACAUGUAAGUUUUUGUUGGCAGCUG